AUGUCGACCCUCUCACUCUACAGGGGUUCGCCGCUCAUCUUUAUCGCUUUGGCGAUCGCAAUCCUUUCCGGGUGCGUUGGCACGACCACCCGCGACGCCGAGAUGCUUCAAGCGACCCGCGCGCUUCAGAGCAGCCUCCAUACCGAGGCAGGCUUUACAUUCCGCCGCCUCCAAGACUAUCACAUCCUCAGCACCCCCGACGUGGUCACUUCCGCAUGGGAGCUUGCUCAAACCAAAGGCUUCAUCCGCACCAACCCUCCCUCUUUCCUCGUCGGUCGGCUCACACACGACCACCAGCCCUACUUUUUCAGCACCGCUCAUCCCCUCAAUGCGCUCUACGAAGAGAUGGGCCUAUGGCAUCAUCCUCCUGCAGGGGAGCAUAAGAUUGCGAGCUUUCUCUGGACGUGGGAGGGAAACAGGGCUAGAUUGGUGCACGUCGAUCUGCUGCAGUACACAGGACUGAGGUGGAGCUGGCAGCCGCUGGAGGAGGUCUUAGACAAGGCACGAUGA